CUUCAUCUUCUUAAACGUUGCUCUAUGUAUCCCAAACCCGACGAAUUUUGGUUCGCUGCUGCAUAAUUUUUACCCAUACAUCUUCCUCAUCUUCUCUCUCCGUGUUGACUCUUGAGGCGAUCCAACAAACAACAACAACAACGCCGCGAUUCUCGAGGGACCAAUCCGUUCAGAGAGAUUAAAGCUGAGCUGAGCUUCUCCUUAUAAAGGAAGAUACUGCUUGUUCUACGGAAUUUUGAGAGAUGCCUCGGGACUUGUCAAGAUCGAGGUCACCGUCUCCAUCACCUUCACGUCGUAGAAAGCACUCGAGGUCUCCCGUAAGGCAGAGGCAUAGCAGGAGGAGUAGAAGAGACAGAAGCCCUUCUCCAUACUCAUCUCAUUCGUAUAGCAGGUGAUACCCCUAGUGUUUGUUUUUUCCGCUAUUCGUUUGCCUUAGUUAUCAUUCGUUUAUACGAACUGUAAGAAACAUUGGUGGAACACGGUUAUAGAUAGACAUGUAAAGUUUACAGACUCAAGAAUUGCUUUUAGUAAAGUUCCUACUUAUAGAUAUAUUUUCUACCCUUCUCUAAAAGAGAGUGCAAUGUCUGGAUGCUGCUGGCUCUGUAUCGUAAGCGUUUUUUUGAGUGAUGCUGCGUAUUGGAAAUAUAUCGUGUUUAUUUGGCUGUUGUGAUUAAAUUUGUUGCAAGAGAAUAUGUUUUAUGACCUGAGCUUUGUGAUUUUUAGAAUGAAACCUGUAUAUUCGGUAAAGACAUAAGUUAAGCUGGGAUAAUAGCACUACUGAUAGUCUGAUCUAGUUUAUAUUUUAAUUGUAUCUGUAGAUUAUUAGUUAGAAUCAGUUUUAAGAGCGACUAUAUUAUGUUCUUUUAAAUGGAGUUUGUUAGCAAUAGUGAUACAAAACCACCACUAUUCCUUAGGUAAGAUAAUAUAGUAAUUUGUUGAGAACAUGGCUGAGAAGCUAGGAAAAUGAUACAUGCGCUUACCAUUAUAAAAUAGCUCAGUUUCUUCCCGUUCCCACGGGAGGGGAAAUGAGCAGCUGAUGGAUUGCUCUUAGGUGUUCUUUCAUUGAUCCCUUGUCUCGUUAGCUUCUCUUCGUGUGAUAAAAGUUGGAGCUGAUAAUUCUUUACAGUGUAUGAGGUAACUGCACAUACUUUUGUUUUCUUUAUGUGUAACUGUGGGCUACCUGAUGCCUAGUCUUCACGUGCGUGGUACUUCAUUAGUUCCAUCUUUUUGCUUACUACUUUAUUUUGGGUAAUGUUCAGGCGAAAAAGUCGUUCUAUUUCUCCUAGGCGCCAUCGAAGUCGAUCUGUUACUCCUAAGAGACGUUCUCCAACCCCAAAACGUUACAAAAGACAAAAGAGUAGGAGUUCAACUCCAUCUCCUGCAAAAAGAUCUCCCGCCGCAACCCUUGAGUCAGCCAAAAAUAGGAAUGGAGAAAAACUUAAAAGAGAAGAGGAAGAACGAAAAAGGCGACAGCGUGAAGCAGAACUGAAGCUAAUAGAGGAAGAAACUGUGAAACGGGUUGAAGAAGCUAUUCGAAAGAAGGUCGAAGAAAGCUUACAGUCUGAGAAAAUCAAAAUGGAAAUUCUAACGCUGUUGGAGGAAGGGCGAAAGAGACUUAAUGAAGAAGUCGCGGCUCAACUUGAGGAGGAGAAAGAGGCUUCUCUUAUUGAGGCUAAAGAAAAAGAGGGUGUUAUGCGGUGUUUGUCACAGGAAAGAGAGCAACAAGAGAAAGAAGAGAGGGAGAGAAUAGCAGAGGAGAACCUAAAGAGAGUGGAAGAAGCUCAGAGAAAAGAAGCAAUGGAGAGGCAAAGGAAAGAGGAGGAACGGUAUCGAGAGCUAGAGGAGCUGCAACGACAGAAAGAAGAAGCGAUGCGAAGGAAGAAAGCUGAAGAGGAAGAAGAACGUCUCAAACAGAUGAAACUGUUGGGUAAAAACAAAUCACGGCCUAAAUUAUCCUUUGCCUUAAGCUCCAAGUAAAUGCGUGCAUGCAUGAAGAUAAAAGGAUUGAUGUGAUGGAUGAUGAUAUGCAUCUUCUUCCUCUCAAAGAUGCUUUAUGAUUAUUGUUAUUAGUGCUUCUUGUUGGAGCUUAAACUCUUUUAUGGCUUUUAAUUUUUUGUAAUUCUAUUUUUCUCGUUUUGUAAUUUUACGUUAGGUUAAUGGUGAUGAAUGAUAAUAUAGCAAUGAUUCAGAAAAUUUAUCACUCCAUCACCAAUAAAACAACUAAAAAACAAAAAUCCUGG